UUCAAUAUUCCUCUAUGGCGUCUGAUUGUAGAUUUUGUUAUGGACAGGCGAAAAGUAUAUAAAAGUAUAUUACAUCAGUUAGGUUAGUAGUAAAAGUAUGUGAUAGUAAUAUUUUCCGUAGAAAUAGGUGUCCUAAGUUAGUGAAAAUGGAAGCAAAAACAUCAGAAUGGCGACCGGGCCCUACCGUAUGUCGGUGUUGUCUCACAGAAGGUUGUUACAAAGACAUUUCUACUGAGUAUUUCUGGAUGGGAAAACGUGAAGUAUACGCUGAAAUGCUUGCCGAUACUUUGAAUUUAACUAUUGCCUACUCACAAUCGGGUGGUCCAAACAGCAACAGUCGUUUGAUCUGUGAGCCUUGUAUAUCACGGCUGCGUGAUGCAGCUGACUUCAAGCGACAGGUGCUAGAGUGUGAGAAGACUUUUCUUCAACACCUGGACCCCAGCACCUCUGGUAUUGUUGCUGAAGAUGUGUCACGUGAAUCGAUACUAAAGGGGAAGCAGGUGAAGAUUGAGCUAGUAAAACUAGAAAAGUUGGAGAGUGAUGAUGAUGACUUUGAACCAUCACGUUUCACAGACGAUGAUGAUGUUGACGAUGAUAUAGAUGAUCAGCCAUUAACAAAACUCGCUAAGACACCAAAGAAAGAGACGGUGGACUUAUUGGAUUUGAUUGAUAAUGCCAAAGUGGCUGAGAAACGCAAGUCGACAACCAAAGUUAAAGCCACACCAGUUAAGAAGGCUAAACCGAAGAAAGAAACCAAAACGACUGCAAAUCAAGAUAAACCGGAGAAGAAAAAGAAAGGAUCGGACAGUACGGAUAUACAAGCCACAAAAAGGAUCGUGCCGUUGUUCCAAGUGGAUUACGACCGUAGCCUCUGUAGGCCACUGGGCACCGUUACAAAUUUUAAGAAGGUGCUUGCUAUGGCGCAGCUGAGCGGCGAGGACCUCUCGUCCCGGAGCCCUUCGCCUAUAUACAUGGACAGAGCACCCUCGCCUCAAAUUGUGCACGACAGAAUAGAUAUUCCACAGCUACAAGAACAAAUACCUCAAAAAAAUAUCGAUAUUCGACAAAAUGCACUCACUCUAUUCGAAUUUUCUACCGUAUAUCCGUUCGUCUAUGGGAAUAAUAAAUUUAAAUGUUUCAUUUGCUCGCAACCGUUUCUAGAAACUUCCCUACUGAAACGCCAUAUGCAGGACACGCACACAUACGCCCCGAUAAAACGUCUGGUCAACAAUCGUAGGGAGAACGUCAUCAAAGUGGACGUUAGCGAAAUGGGUUGCAAACUGUGUCCCCACAAACCUAAGGACUUGCAAGAACUCAAAGUACAUUUAAAAGUUGAACAUCACAAAUUAAUUGAACCCGAUUUGAAAGAUAAUAUAAUUCCAUUCGUGCUAGAAGGUGACGAAGAGGGAUACAAAUGUGUUAUGUGCGAAUCGAAAUUCAUUAAAGUUCGAACUCUUGUCAUUCAUAUGAGUGUACAUUUUAAUAACUACAGCUGUGAAAUCUGCGGAUCAGGAUUCAUGACGUUGCGUUUGCUGAAGAAACAUUUGGAGGUGCACGAGAGUGGAAACUUCCACUGUGACCGUUGCAACAAAGUAUUUAACACGUCGUACAAAUUGUCGCUGCACAUUAGAGGAGUGCAUUUGAAACAGUACCCUCGACGAUGUCCAAUAUGCCCGGAGAGAUUUAACUCGAACUAUCGGCGGACGAAACAUUUGCAAGACGUCCACAAUCAAUCGACGCGCGUGCACAAAUGCAAGACAUGUGGUCGUGGCUUCAACCUUAGAUAUCACUUAGUGUGCCAUACGAGAUCUGUGCACCUUCAGGAGAGGAACCAUCAGUGUAAGAUCUGUCUGCAGAGGUUCUGUAAUAAAGAGACGUUGAAACGUCACAUGGUGAUACAUACGGGAGAAAAGAAUUAUAAAUGUGAAAUGUGUGGUGAAGCGUUUUUGCGCAGAAAAAAUUUAAGGGAUCAUUUACGUGUACACGAAGUGCUUUGAAACUGAUUAUUUUAAAAUAAUUAUCGAUAAAAAAUACGAAAUUUCCUUCAAGCAGCAAGCGUAUCUUAUUCUCAAAGGCCAGCAACGCUGCGUAGAUGUACACGAACAUCGUUGAACACCUCGGUGUUCACGCUGCUCGUUUGUCCCCUUAUGAUAUUUAAAAAAAAGAUUACAUGUAGAUAAAUACGUUGUAAAAACAUCUCCAAAAAUAGACUAUCUUCUAUAAACACGAAUACUAUCUUAGGAACUCUUUGUUUUUAGUUGGAAAAUCUUCAAAAAAGUUUCGUUUCGUUUCGACUUUAGGUAUCGGAAACUGAAUUAUAAAUAUGUCACUUUUAUUGACUACUAGCUGUGCCAGCGACUUCGUCAUCGUGAAAGUUUCUUUAGAUAGGAGUUUGUGAUAGAGAAAGGAAACACAAAGGGGGAGGGUAUAUUUCCA